CUCGAACCUUGCGAAGUGGUACCACGUGACUGACGACGUCGGCUGCCUGCGCAUCACAGAAGAGAAUUUUGCGGAUUCGGCAUCCGGCCGGCGGGCUUGGGGAUAAGCCCGCGCGCCCGUCCCCUACGGCCCUACAGGCCCCAGCAGCCCAGCGUCCAGCUCCUCCAGCACACCGAUUCCUCGAUCCCUCCCCAGUCCCCACAUCGGCGGUGACCGGAGCUGCCUCACCUCGCCGGAUCCGCCCCAGCUCGAGCGCCCAGGACCUCGCCGGAGCUGCACCACCUCGAGCGCGACGAGCCAGCGGCCCUCCCCUCCGCCGUUGCACCUCGCCUUCACCAGAGAUCCGCACACCGCGAACCGUCACCACCGGUUCAGUGUGUGGAUCCUGCAUUGUGAAAUGCUUGCCAAAGGGAGGAAGUUAGCUGGAAGGGGUGAAGAAAUGUCUGCACAUUAUGCAUUUGGACCACAGGAGGAUGAUGCGAUUAUUAAGCACAGGCUUCUGACUAGAACGACAACCACCAGGGGUGAACCACCACUAAAGAAGCUUCAGAAGAAGUUCAUGUCCUUUGCCACUGAGAUUGAGAAGGAUGCAGAUAACAUAAGUGACUAUGAGAGACUGUACAAGGCCUUCCUACAGGAAAUUAACACCUUUGAGCUUCCUCUUCUGAAAAGCAAGACUGUUGUUGAUGCAAACAUUAGGGAGAAGGAGAGCUUUAAUGAGCUGCAGGUUGAGAUUGAGCGACAGACCUUGCAAGCUCAGACUGAUAUUGAGGAUCUUAAGAAGCAACUUGAGCAGAGCAAGAUCGAGAGGCAGCACAAAGAGGAGUGUGAAGCAAUCCGAAAGGUGAUUUCUUUGCAGCCUCCACGGUCAGAAACUGAGAAACUCAUUGCAGAUCUUGAGAAGGAGAUUGCUGAUUUGGAGGCUGAGAAUGUAGCAUGUGUAAGGACUUUGGAACUAAGGAAGAAGCAAUUCGCCCUUCUUCUACAUGUGGUUGACGAAUUGCAGAUCUCGGUUGAAGAUGAGCAAAAGAGUAUAGCAGAUGAACUGAGAGCCAUCGCUGAAGAGCAGAAGAUGAGCAUAGAAGAAGGCAGCGGCGGUGCUUCAGAUGCCAUGGCUGUAGACUGAUCAAGAUACAUUCACAUAUGUUGCAACCCUUGCUAGCAAAAAUGCACAUUGUUUUUGGGACACAUUAAAUCCUAACAAGUUGGUAGAUGUCUUUUGUCAUGGAUUUAUACCUCAUGUAAAUUGAACAGCAUGUGGCUUGUAAGGCUGGCCAGUCUCAAUGGGAGAUUUCGAGUUUCAUGACAUUAAAUUCUAUGCCACAUCAGCAAUUUUGUUGACUUGGCAAGGCAGUUAUGAGGAGAGAGGAGUGGAGAGUUUCAUCAGAUGAGAGGGGAGUUUCUCAUCCUCACGAAACUAAACAGGCACAGUCACCAUUGAGACUGGCCUGUCUGUCUGCUAUGAAGAGAAACUGAAGCACACAACGAAAGUCAGUUCUCCAUUCUC